GCAAAAUUCAAAAACAUAUUAAUAAGACAGAACAAAAAAAACAACAGAAACAAUUGUAAUAACCAUAGAUCUCGAUGGACCACAACAAUAACUACUAGUUUGAUCUCUCUCCUUCCUUAUACAUUUUCUGGGUUUCUAAAAAAGUUUCGAUCUUUGUUAGCAAAAAAUGGAGAGUAGCUGUAUUGGGUCUGAAGGAUCUAAACGAUACGGUGAGAGCAAACGAAUCGUUGCUGACUCAGUGACCGAGUCAACAACUGAUUCGAGCCUUAGCAGCUCUAGCUGCGGUGCUGGAUCGAGCUCCGGGAGAUCUGUAUCUUCGCAGUCUUCUCCUCCGACGAAAUCGCAGCUCCUUGGAUGGCCGUUAGGGCAAGGCUCGUGGAGGAAGAGUUCAGGGAAGAAGAUGACGAAGAAAACUCCGACCAAAGUCGACACCUUUGGGUUCAAGAGAAUCGGAACCGAGACUUCUGAAGUUGAGUUGUUGAAAGAGAGGAUGGCGAAGCUUCUGCUUGGUGAAGACAUGUCAGGAUCUGGUGAAGGAGUUUGUCCUGCUUUAGCCAUCUCAAACGCUAUUACCAAUCUCUACGCUGCGAUUCUGGGGCAACAAUGGAGGCUAGAGCCAUUACCUAGUGAGAAGAAAACAAUGUGGAGAAGAGAAGUCGAAGUUCUUCUCUCUGUUAGUGAUCACAUUGUUGAAUUGGUGCCUUCCUUUCAAAACAUCCCCAAUGGAAGCAAGAUUGAGGUGAUGAACUGCAGACCAAGAUCAGAUCUAUCUACUUGUCUCCCCGCUCUAAGGAAGCUAGACAAUAUGCUUAUUGAGAUAUUAGAUAGCUUUGAUGGAACAGAGUUCUGGUACGUUGAUCAAGGAGUUGUAGCUUCUGAAUCCGCAAGGUCCAACUCUUUCCGUGAAGAUGGAGACAAAUGGUGGCUCCCUCUGCCACGUGUACCAUCAGAUGGACUCUCCGAGCAAACCAGGAAGAAGCUAGACCACACUCGAGAUUUCACUAACCAAAUCUUAAAAGCUUGUAUGUCAAUCAACAGCAUUGCUUUAGCUGACAUGGAAGUUCCACAAGCAUACCUUGAAGCUCUUCCAAAGAACGGGAGAUCAUGUCUUGGUGAUUUUCUUUAUAGAAACAUCACAUCAGAUAACUUCUCAGCGGAUUACUUGCUUGAGUCAAUAGAUCUUUCAUCUGAGCAUGCGGUUGUGGAGAUGGCGAAUCGAGUAGAAGCAUCAAUGUAUAUCUGGAGGAGAAGAGCUCAUUCAAGGCAUUUGAUUUCACUGUAUCGAUCCACGGGUGCAAAACCCACUUGGGGGAUGAUAGUGAGGGAGAUGAUGAUGAAUCAAAACGAUGGUGACAAGAGGCAGAUAUUUGCAGUUAGAGCUGAAAGCUUAUUGAUCAGCCUCAAGCAACGUUUCCCUGGACUUAGACAAACAGCUUUGGACACAAGCAAGAUCCAGUUCAACAAGGAUGUAGGAAAGUCUAUACUUGAGAGCUACUCAAGGGUACUAGAGAGUUUAGCUUAUAGUAUUGGUGUACGCAUAGAGGAAGUGUUGUACAUGGAUGACAUCAGCAAAGAAGAUCAUGAUGAUUCUUGUUCAGACAAGUUGAGGUUGUUGUCUAAAGAAGAUGCAUCAAGUAGGUCAGCAGGUUCAUUAAGGAAGAGACUUUCGGUUCCAUCUUUGUUCUCUGUGUCAUUCUCAGGCACAUCAACUCCUUACAGAACUCCAUCAUUCUCUGCAUCGACUCCAACUUACUCACCAAUGCCAUUGAUAAGCCCCAUCAGUGGAGGAGGAGGAGAAAGAGCUCCGUUUCUCUCUAGGAGGAACAUUAGAGAACGUUGUGGAUUUGGUCCAAAGAAAGCGUUGGCUAACUAUCUCCGGGGUUGAAUCUGAAGAAUCUGAGUUUUUAUUUUAUUAUG